CUGAGUAGAAUCACCUCUCUUCUACCACUACUUCUCCUCACUGUACCACCGUAGGGUUAGGAGGAGAAAAAAAUCCCCAUCGAUCCAUCCAUGGCUGCAGCGGCAGCGACCAAGGGGCUGCUCCACCUUGCAGAUCCGGUGGCCGUCUGCUUCCUCCACUAAAAUCUGGUGCCAUCAGUUGGAGCUCAGCUCUAUACGUGAGAGCUACUAGAAAAAAAGAGAGCACUUUUUCAGAUCUGAAAGAGAAGGGAAUCAACUUUUCAACUCUCUCCUUUCCUGUGCAUGUGAGGUUUCAAGUCUCCACUAGUUUUUCCACGAUCUUCUGCAGCAAGGUGAGAAAACACUCUCAAGUUCUCUUCUUCUUUUUCUUUCUUCUUCUUCUUUUUUUUUUUUGCUUUUCCCUUCUAUUGUUGCUUUGUUAUUCCAGGAUCUGUCAAGAGCAUGUCUGUUAGAAGAAAAAUCUAUGUGAACCAUUGCAAUAUUUGUGUUUUUCUCCACCUAUUAUUAUUAUUUGUCAUGUGAUGCUCAGAUGGAUUUAGAUCGUACUCAUGAAUACAUUAUCCAACAACGAGCUAGAACUUUGGCCAUUUUAGCUGCCGUGUUGGCUAUUAUUCAUUGGUGAAUCUUUAUGUAUGAACAAGUUGAGAAUAUGUAGAGGGUAAUCUCACCACCUCUGUACGAUGUGGUGAGGGUAUGCUCAGGCAAAAUAUGAGCCAAACACUGCCUGGCACUCGAGUUCACUUAGGCAUGUUCUCAGGGUUUUAACCAAACACUACCUUAAAUUUAAGCCAUGCCUGGUCAAGUAACUCUUGUAAGCAAGCUCAGGCUAUCCUCAGACAUGAAAAAUACGCAGACAUGUUGCUCAGGGUAGCAACCAAACAGGCUCUCAAUUCCGGAUAGACAUGUUCCACUGCAAAGAAAGCUAAGGAGUUAUACUGUCAGUGUUCACUUAAUUCAUGCUUUAUUUCUUAAGAGUAUUAUUAAAUUUGGAGUUACAUUUAUUAUUUUGUUUCUUCGUGCGUAUGAAACUUGACAGUUCAUCAUGGCUGUGGUGACUUAAAAUCCACGUGUAACCACACCUGCUGGGGGGACCCAAAUUAAAGUCCAAUCUCUCCCUGGUGCAGACAAUUGCCUUCCCAAACCUUGAGAAUAUCUGGACCCCACAUAAAAGAAAAAAAAAUCUCUGACCCAAACAAAGCUUAUACAGCUUAUGCUCACCCAAUCCCCUAGUAUCAGUAUGUAUUGGAACAGGUGACACACUCCAACUCCAACCACUCCCCAUACAACCUAGCAAGCUUCAUCCAUGUCUCACCUUUUCUAAAACCCUAAUUUAUCACCCCAUUUUGCUCCUAAUCCAUCAUCACCACCCCAAGCUACACAACUAUAUAUAAACACCCAACCAUGUACCAUUCCAUGCACAACCACAACCAAUCAAAGCAUCCAAGAAGAAGCUUAGCUACUCACCUAGCAAAGCUUGCCAUCCAUCCAUGGCGCUCCUCCCUUGCAUUGCCAUUGCCGUGCUGCUCUCCUCCUCGCUGGCGGCGGCGGUGACCGGACCGCCGGGAACGAUCGAGCGCGUCGUCAAGCAGCAGAUCCUCGCCAGCAUCCCGCCGGGUGGCCACGGCGCCGGCGACGUCCACCCGCCCGUGCUGUUCCUCACCUCGCCGUCCGGCAAGUACGCGGCGUACUUCGUGCGCUCGCACACCGUCCCCGGCGCCGGCGGGCUCGGCGCCGACUUCUGCUACGUCGAGGUGGUCGUGAACAAGGGCGGCGAGGGCGACGCGGCGGUGGCGGCGGGCGGGGGGAUGAGCGUGUGGGAGUCGGAGUGCCGGCCGGUGAGCACGGUGAACACGUGCACUCUGCUCUUCUCGUGGCACGGGCUGGAGGUGUUCGACGGCAGCCAGGAGGUGUGGCACGGCGAGACCAACACCGACGGCACCAACUUCCUGCAGAGGCUCGAGCUCGUCGACGACGGCGACAUGCGCAUCCGCGACAAGGACGGCGAGCUCGCCUGGCGGGCCAGCGACGAGCCCCGCCACGCGCAGCACUGCGGCGCGCCGGGAUCCCCUGGCCUCGCCACCGCGUUCCCGCCCUUCGCCGAGCCCAUCGGCGCCCACAGCAGCGACCUCCCCUUCGGAAUGUUCCCCGGCGGAAACGGCCGCGCCGCCGAGCUGCCGCAGGCCGCGGAUGCCGCCGCGGGAGCACUGGGCGGCGUCGGAGCUGUCGCGCCGCUGCCGGGAGCCGUCGGCGGCGCCGGAGCUGUCGCGCCAUUGCCGGGAGCCGCGGGCGGCGACGCGGCAGCCGCGCCAUUGCCAGGUGACAUGGGUGGCGACGCGGCUCUUGCGCCACUCCCAGGGGCCCUUGGCGGCGUCGACCCGGCGUUCUCGCCAUUGCCAGGGGACCUGCCUGACCCUGCUGCUGCUGCUGCUGCCGGCGGCGCCGCCGCAGGGGUUGGUGGUGUCGGUGCCGGCGCUCUCGGCGCCGGCGCUGUCGGGGCGUUCGGAAGCCAGCCGCUGGUGGACAACAGCCCGUACGACAGCGGGGCGUGGAAGGUCGACGGCCACCUCGUCGCCAUUGUCGUCGCUCUCGGCGUCGUGCUCGGCGCCAUCUGAGGAUUGGGAAGCAAGCUUGGGAAUUGGUUUGAGAUUUGAGGAGGAAAAGCAUAAUGGCAGCUUAUUUGGGUAAUUAAUUGGUGUGGGUUUAAUUUUCCUUUUUCCGUAUGGAUUGUAAAUUAGUCGUCGGAGGCCAUGGCCACCGAACGAUCGAAUUUAGUGUUUUCAUCGGGGUUUAAUCAAUCGCGAACAAUUGUAAUCAAAUACACUUGUUUAAAUCUCAUCAAUGUUUUCAUGAAAA